CGAAUCCAUCUCGCACCUGUACAUGCGCAUAAAGCAUAACCAUAAUAAACAAAGAUGUCAGCCGACGAAGAUACUGAAUUGAGAGAUCUUGUUGCCCAAACCUUAGAAGCAAAUGGUGUAUUGGGGAAAAUUAGGGCACAGCUUCGAGCCAGUGUUUUCCUUGCUUUGGAGGAACAGGAACAAAAUCAGGACAAACCAUUUGCUAAUCCUGCAUUAAGACAGUAUUUAAGUACAAAAGAAGGUCAAGCAGUUGCUGGACUGGUCAGAGAGUUCCUGGAUUUCUUUCAGCUGGACUACACCUUAGCUGUUUUUGAACCAGAAGCUGGUUUGGGUCCUAAUAAUGGAGGCAGACAGCAGCUAGCAAAGGAAUUAAAUAUUUUAGAGUCAGAUGGUCCCCCUAAAGGGCCCCUUCUUGGUGUUCUAGUGUCUGGGAAUAAACAAACUGCACCUCUAACAAAAGUCUCUGAUGAGCUAACACCUGCCCAAAUUGCAGAGGCAAAGCAAAAGUUCAAUUAUUAUGAUAAGAAUCACAGUGGGGAUAUAGAUAAAAACGAAUUACGGGAACUUUUUAUUGAUAUCUGUCCUGGAUUUAAUAGAAAUAUGAUAGAGAGAUAUGUGAAUGAGGAAUUUAAGGCAGCAGACACAGACUUUAGCAGCUCCAAAUUGGGUGCCUCACGUAUAAACUUUGAAGAGUUCCUAGGGAUGUACAAGAGACUGUUUAUACAGUGUAGGACAGUGGUCUCCGGGGAAGUGUCUGGUUUGGUUAAUUCUCACAAGGCAAAUGAGAGGAAGGAGUUUGUGGAAGCUAAGAAUCAACGAAACCUCCAAUCCAGUUUGAAUGAUCAAAGGAAGAAACCAAACGCAGAGGUGGAUCUAUUGGGUGGUAGUGAUGUGGAGAUAGAUGAUCCAUUCUUUGAUGACCCUGUCCCCCACAGCCAUGGGCUUAAAGGACUGGGAACUAUGGCUGAGACUACUGUCGACAGUCGCAGAGGCAUGGGCUCCAGGCCAUCCCAAAUUCCAGUGUAUUCGCCUCUCCGAAGUGCCAAUAGCAGUGUAAGCAGUGACAGUGGAAAAGACGGGAAACCCUCCCUAAAUGGAUCAGGUCAAGGUCACAGUGUCCAGUCUUCUCUCUCAGGCCUUCCAAAUCUCACUCCAUCCAAAACACGCAAAGCAUUGGAAAGCGAGGAAGAGAAUUUACGAGCCAUGGACAGAGGAAUGGCGGACUUAGGUUUGGACAUGGGUGACUUUGAUUAUGAUGAUGACUUCCAAAGCUCAGGGCACAGUUUAACAAAGAGUCCACACACCAUAAGUAAAUCGGAACAACGAUCGGAACAAAACGGCAGUAUAGCAGAGGAAAUAGAGGAGGAAAUUGACGAUAUUUCUAUCGAGGCUGAUGACAUGUUACGCAGUGAACGAAGUGGGUUUGAUGACCUUACAACAGACAGAACAAUCUCCCAACAAGACGGUUUUGAUUAUGUAGAAGAUCUGCAGUCACCGCGGUGAAGACUUACUGAAUGGCAGCACCAAUUGUGAUAUUAUCAGACUUAUUUAUCUAGUCUAGCUCCUUAAUCACAAUUAGUAAAAUCUCGCCCGAAGAAGGAUGUCAUUAGAAAAUUAUGGAAUUGCCAGCAAGUGAAGAAAAAAAUGAAACAGGAGAAAUAAGUUGCCAAAUUACAUUUAUGGCCUUUUGGUCUCUUCAAGGAUGUAUCUUGGUGUGUGAUCAACCAGUACACGUAUGAGUCUACAUCAAUUUCCUGCCAUAAAUUCAUUGAUAGCUUUAAUACAAUAUUUAAACUACUCUUAUUUUAGUCGUAUUUUAAUUCUUGAAUAUUAAGUACAUAUUCAUUGAACACUUUUGCAUUGUUUAUGGAUAUAAAUUACUAAGAUAUGUUUGCAUUUGUGGUUAUGUCAUUGCAAUAUAGUGUGGUAUAUCAAUAUUUAUGAAUGUUGGCAAAGCGUUUACAAAUAUACAUGUCGGUAUAUGUUUAGUAUGAAAAAAAGAACAUGUUUCUUGCAAUUUUAGUUUUUUAUGUAAAACUGCUCUUUAAUUCUCCCAUCUAAAAAUUUGCCCAAUUGACAAGUGUUCUCAAAAAUGUGUCCAAAACUGCCAUAUUCAUUAAUUUUUAUCUUUUUUUGCAAAGCAUUUACAUAACAUAAAAUAAUGCUUUAGGAUAUCUUUAUAAGUUAAAAUUUCAUUACAGUGUACCUGUCUGUAUGAAUAUCAGUGCAUCCAUUUAUUUCAAAAUCCUGGGUACAGAUAUGAAUCUCACAGAUGAAAAUUAAUUUUGUUAAAACUUGUUGAUGACUAUUUGGAAUAUUCUCAAAAAUAUUAUUGUGCACCUUUAUGCAAUUUCUACAUUUUUUAAUGAUCUGAAGUGAAACAUGUUGAGAUUUAUUUGUAGUAAUGCAUUUGUUAAUUAUGCAACUUGUCUUUGUUUAUCAAUAUCAGUGUUGGUCUGCAUUUUAAUGUGUUUAGUAUCUAUGUUUUACACUUUUUACAGUUAUAGCCUCGAAGAACUUCGUUCAUUUUUCUUGAUGCAACUCAUUUUUCAAAUUCAGUUCUUCUUUUAAUUAAUUAUCUAGCAAUAAGCCAUUAACAGUUACCAAAAAAAGGCCAGUGUUGCAUUGUCCUGCUACAUGGACACCAAAAUGGGAAAGAAUCAAAGAUAUAUCUAUUUUUAAGUAGUGAGUGUAAUCUAUUUAACAAGUGAAAUCUAUCACCCUUCUUUCAUAGAAAUAUAUAUAUGUGUAUUGAUAAUGUAUACAAAUCAUGUACAGUAAAACACGCUUGUAUCAAAAGUGCCAGGGAUAAACAAUUUUGAUUCAUUAUAAACAUAAUUUGUUACAUCCCAUAUCACAUUUUAAACAUACAGGGAAUUAAAAUCUGCUGUUAGUGUAAAAUUCAUUUUAAGACUGUUUGCUGUAACUGUGUUUUACUGUACUAUAGUCAAAUAAGAUAUAAAGGAUUAAUAUUAGCAGCAUAAAAAAACAUUGCCAAUUUAUCAUAAGAAUACAAGUGUAUCAUAGAAAAAUGUAACAAUGAAUAAUAAUUUUAACUUAGUUUCAGAGAAGUAGGUCUCAAAAAAUUUCAAGAAUAAUCUUAGCACAUGGUGUAUGUUUUAGAUGCAUUUAACCUUGGAGAUAGUGAUCAUACAUAUGGUGUUUGUAGAGAGAGAGAGGGAGAAAAUUCUACCCAGUAUUCAUAUCCCCUUGGCAUUUCUAUGCACUUCAUACAUUGAUUCAUGUUCAGCUGAUCUGGUAAAUGUGAUGCAUAAAUCAAUAAAGUUUAUUUUUUAAUAAA